GUAUGAAUGAUAAUUUGAGCGAAUUUUCGAUUCGAUUGCAUAAGAAUUUCAAUUUUUUUUGCGCAAAAAACAUCAUGGAAAAUGAUAAUGACAAUGAUGAUAAUGGGGGUUCGGAAAUUCCGAACGAAUCUUCGAAAGAUCCGGAAUCAUCGAAUGAUCAUUUGUCCACCACCACCAUUAUCAAUAAAACAAUAUUACCCGAACCAUUGACAAAACUUUUACCACCAAAAAAUAUUUAUUUUAUUGAACAAAUGAAAAAUGGUUUAUCAAUAGCAAAUAUUUUGAUUAAUGAAAAAAAUCGUCUGAUUUUUGGUCGUGCACGUGAUUGUGAUAUACCAAUGGAUCAUCCAUCAAUUUCACGUUAUCAUGCCGCUUUAUUAUGGGCACCAAAAAAUGAUGAUGAUUAUAAAAAUGGUACAAAUACCGAAUCUUUUUGGUAUCUGAUUGAUUGUGGAUCAACACAUGGAACAAUUUGUAAUAAAAAAUCAAUUGAUCCAGGGAAAAUGAUAAAAAUAAUUCCGAAUAAUAAUGUAUUUCGUUUUGGUGCUUCGACACGUUUGUUUACAUUAGGUUCUUCACAUGAAGAUUCGAAUGAUGAUGAUUCGGAUGAUUCAAAUGAAGAAUUGAACAAUCAACAAGUUACCAAACGAACCAAAGAAGAACAAGAUACUGAUGAUGCUUGUACAUGGGGAAUAUCAUUAACCGAUUGUACUGAAGAUGAUGAUGAAGAAAUUGGUGAUAGUUUAGCGCUGAAAUCCAUAAUAAUGGCCAUGAAAGAUGGUCAAUCAUCAUCAUCAACAACAUCAAAAUUACAAUCAACAAAUGAAAAUGUUUAUUCUGAUAAUCCAUAUAAAUGUCUUCAACAAUGGUUUGAAAAUGAAGGUUAUGAUUUUGAUUAUAAAGUAGAUUCAUUACAUAAUAAAUUUAAAUGUACAUUCGAUCUGCCUAUUGAUGGUCAAUGGAUACCUGUUGAUGGACAAUUAAUGACUAGGAAAAAAGAAUCAAUUCAAGAUGCUUGUUUACGUUGUUGUCGAUUACUUGAUCAGGCAAAUUUAUUAUUUGCUUGGCAACGAAAAGAUUCGGCUCGUGAAAAAGCAAGAAAAGAAUUCUACAAUAAUGAUGAUGAUGAUGAUCUUCUGGAUGAAACAAUUAAACCGGCAACAAAAAAACUUCGAAAAGAUUCUGAAGGAAAAAUUGAAACUUAUGAUUCAUUGAAUUUAAAAUGGAAAGAAAUCAAUCAAGAAUUAUGUCAACUAAAAGUUCGUUUAGCUCAUAUCGGUUUAGAGCCUGGUGUUACACCAGAAAUUUCACAAGAUUUAAUCGGUGAUUCAUUAGAUAUUUAUAUGAAUUCAUUGAAUCAAAAGAAAUAUGGUUUAAGUAUGAAUGAAAAAAUUGAAAAAUCCAAUCUAAAGAUUAAAAUCAAACAAUUGGAAACGGAACAAUCGAAAAUUGAAAAAUUAAUUCAAUUAGCUCGACCAGCUGAAAUUGUAAUGAAAAAUUUAACAACAUCAACUGAACCGACGAAAGAAUCAAAAAAUGAUGAAAAUGCGAUACAAAUGGAAAAGAAAUUGAUCAACAAAGAAGAAGAAUCGAAUGAAAAAUUUAUUGAAUCCUCGAAGAAUUCAGUGGCAGAUGAUAACAGUGAUGGUAAAAGUGAAACUGUUGAAAAUUCAUCGAAUUCAGAAAAGAAGAAAAAUUAUAAAGAAUUUCGUAAAAUUCGUCAACAAUCAACAAUUGAAGCAAUUGAACGUGAAAAACGUUUAGAAAAACAACGUCAACAACAACAACAAAAGCAACAACAACUACAACAACAAUCAAUCGAAACGGAUGAUGAUUUUGUUGAUUUGGUUCGAUUGGAUCAACAACAACAGACCGGUGAUGGCCGUACCCAUCUUAAUGAAAAAUUUGGUUAUUGAACAACGGACCCUAUAUACCGACGACAAAAUUUCCUUAUUUUGAUUUUAUCAGAUUUCUGUUCCAGGAAAAAGAAGGGGAAAAAACGAACAAUUUUAAAUUUGAUUUUCUACAAAUCACUAAAUCGAUUAACAUUGCUUAUUGUCAUCAUUGGUUAGUUGCUUGAAUCAAUUCGUCGUUCGUCAAAC